CGGGCGGGGGCAGCGGGGGCAGCAUGGCCGCCCUGGCCCGGCUGCGGGCCCGGCUGCCGGCGCUGCGGGAGGAGUGUUUCCGCAGGAACAGAUGUGUAGAUGAAGACAGAAAAAUAAAAUACAAAGCUGCUGUCAAAAUUCAGAGCUGGUUUCGAGGAUGCAGAGUCCGAGCCUAUCUGAGACAUCUGAACAAAAUGGUGAUUUGUAUACAGAAGCGGUGGAGAGGUUAUCAAAGCAGAAGAUACUUCCGAAAAAUAGUGAAGACAGCAUAUUUUAUUAUGAAGAUGAAUUUCUACAAUGAAAUGGCUGUCAGGAUCCAGAAAAGAUGGCGUGGAUAUUAUGUCCGAAAAUAUAUCCAUAAUUAUUACGCACUGAAGAAAUACCUGGAAGCCAUUUCUGUGAAUAAUGAGAUUGUCAGGAAUGAACUCCAAGAGUACGCAGAAAUGAAUGAAAAGGAAAAGAAGAAGAAGGACCAGGAAAAGAAAGAAAAGGAAAAGGAAUACCAAGCCCGAAAGAUGCAUUACCUCCUUAGCACUGAGCAGAUUGCAGGCAUAUAUAAUUCGCCAUUCAGAAAAUCCCCCGAUCCAAUGGAACUGCUGCUCCGGCAGUCAAAGCCACUGAGACAUAGGCGGCAGCAAGUGAAGAGUCCCUUCACAGAUGAACUCUACGACUGGCCAACUUGUACAAGGCCUCCAACUUUCCAUGCUGGAGAAUCCCUGCCACCUAUUGGCAGACAGAAACCUCAGGGGCCUUUCCGCGAUACCGCUGAAGUAUUGCGGCAGCGCUAUAUGCCUUUGGAACCAGCCUUGCGAGUGGCAGCAUCAAUCGAUUCACCACUAGAGAAGGCCAGAGUGGAAAUGAAAAGGGAGGAAUGGAGAAACCAUAUACAUGACAAUGAAUUUUUGCCAUUUUCUUCGUAUCAUAAAAAUGAGAAGUAUGAUCCAUCAAUUCAUAGGUCAGGCAAAUAUGGCCAAGAAACUUAUGGAAUUAAACAUUUCCGGGAAGUACAGCCGAAUAAGUGGGUAACAGGCAAGGACUUUCAAACAGUGUUACCAUCAAUUGUUCUCUUUGAGAAGUUUGGAAAAACUUAUUCCAGAUGUGGACAAAUAGUGUAAUCAUUCUGUAAACUAUACAACGUAAGACACUUGAUAAGUAAUCAAUAAAUGCUUUUCAAGAAAUGCAUAGCAGUAUGUUGACUGAAUGUCCCAUAAAUUAUUCUUUCUGUAAAGUGAUGUAUACUAUGUCUGAAGUACUGUUAAUUGGUUUUGCUUGAUCCUUAAGCAAUACAGCUUUCCACAUUAAUCAAAGAUUGUUGUUGUUGUUCUGGAAAAAAAGUCAGUAUUAUCCUAAGAAAAUGGAGAGGCUCUUAGAAAUGACUUCUGAAAAUGCUAUCUUUUAUUUAAAUGUAAAUGCUAUAGGAUACAAGGUAAAAGACUCAGAAACAUGUAGUAUUUAUUACAGAUUUGUAAGUGAAGUUAACACUGAAAAAAAAUCUAUCUUUUCCCUCGCAAGUUUGUUUCACAAAUUUGCAUAUGUUUCAUCAUUGUUGUUCAUCAUUCUCUAUGUUAGUAUACAUGCUUUUUGGAUACUGAUCCAUCUCUUCAUAUGAUCAAUAAACUUAGGUAGGCUAUUUACAUGGAUGAUACUAUUUUAAAGUCUUUUAGCUCCUCUGUGUGUGAUAUAACUUCACUGUUGAAAAAUUAAAAUUCUAACAGCUUCAUAUAUACCUUAGUAUUUAAUCAAUUUUUCUAUAUCCUCUUAAUUUUUUUUUUUUGCCAAUAUCUAUGUGUUUACUCUUGGUCCCGUGUCUGUCUUAUACAUGGGAACAUGAUCAUGUGAUGCUUAACAAAGAAGAACACAUCUGAGCACACAAAACUGAUAUUUGACUGCUGUGUUUGCUAGCAUGCAAUUCAACUGCAAAAUGGUGAAUAUCUUCAGAGCUCAUUAAUUGAAAAGACUCAAAAAACUUCAGUAUUUUCUGGGACCAAAUCAUAACCUAAUUCUUCAAAUUAUGCGAAUGAAUUUUUACAGAAGUUUUCUGCUGAGUUUUCUAGGAUACCAUGCUUUCUCCUCAUAUCAUUUGGAUGUAUUUGAAUCAAAUAUUAUUAGAUCAAAUAGCAUUUGAUUAUAGUAUUUGAAUCAGAUAAUCAGUGUUAGGCUUUUCAUUACUGAAUUUUUAUUUUUAUUUUUUUCGAUUCUCUUGCUCUCUCCAAAUGUGCAGAAAAGUCCAUGUGAUGAUGGUUUGUAUAAACACAUAUAUACACUUUCUGAACUAGGAGUCAAAAAUUUCACUUCCAUGGGGUUUCAGCUGUUUGCGUCUGUGGAAAAAUUUUAGGGCUAUCAUACACAAAAAUACUUUCAGUUCCUCUACAGUAAAUUAUGACUACAGACAUUGAGCUGUAGUAUUGCUACUUUCUGGAGUGUGUUGUUGUCAACCUUUGAAAAGUUUAUUCUUCUGCAUGGAAAUGAGAAAUUAAUUCUGGAAAGUGAGAAGCAACCACCUCAGUGGCUAAGUCUCCCCAUUAAGAUUUAAUCUGAUCAAAUGUAGCUAGAGUGCUUUAGUUGUUUGUGGAAGGGAUUGAACAUGAUACACUUGUGCAAAACUGUUGAUGAAUAAAGAUUCCACAGUAAUUU